CGACACAAAAGGAGGUAAAAACUGAGGCUCUGGACAAGUUUGGAAUGGCUCAUGAUGAACAGAAAUAGUUUCAAACUCGAUUCUAGAGCCUUUUCCACUGUACUGACAGAUUUUGUUUUUGGGCUUUGACAUUGCAUCUGUUUGUUUUCCUUUUGAUUUUUUUUAUAUUUUUGAUCCGGAUCAAGCCCUGACUGUUCAAUGGAAGUAUGUUAUCAGCUGCCGGUUUUGCCUCUGGACAGGCCGGUUCCUAAGCACGUCCUCAGCCGGAGGGGAGCCAUUAGUUUCAGCUCCAGCUCGUCUCUGUUCGGGGCUCCUGAUCCAAGGCAGCUGUCACAGAGACGAGGGGCCAUCUCCUAUGAUAGCUCAGACCAGACGGCACUCUAUAUUCGUAUGCUAGGAGAUGUGAGAGUGAGAAGUCAGGUUGGAUUUGAACCGGAACGAAGAAGCUCCCACCCGUACUUGUGCAUUGACUUCCGAACUCUUCACACACGGCUGUCCUGUGGCACAGUGGGCUCUGCUCCUGAAAGGAGGAUCCACCGGCUGCUCAGCUUUCAGAGGUACUUGCACUCGUCCCGCCUGCUGCGAGGAAUUCCCCAGCAGAUCCCCCUCCACAUUCUCGACGAGGACUACACUGGACAGGCCCAAUGCAUGCUGGAAAAAGUUGGGAACUGGAAUUUUGACAUUUUUGUCUUUGAUAGAUUGACAAAUGGAAACAGCCUCGUCACACUGACCUUCCACCUGCUGAACCAGUACGGCUUGGUGGAGCUCUUCCAACUGGACAUGGUGAAACUCUGGAGGUUCCCUCGUCACGGUACAGAGGAUUACCACAGCGAUAACCCGUACCAUAAUGCAGUGGCCGCUGCUGAUGUCACACAGGCCCUGUACUGCUACCUACAGGAACCUAUGCUCUCCAAAUCCCUGACUUCCUAUGACAUCCUGCUGGGACUGUUAGCAGCCGCCACUCAUGACCUGGAUAAUCCCGGGGUUCAUCAGCCUUGUCUCAUCAAGACUGACCACUAUCUAGCGACACUGUACAGGAAUACCUCAGUUCUGGAAAACCACCACUGGAAGUCAGCAGUGGGCUUGCUCAGAGAGACUGGACUGUUCUCUCAUCUGCCUGCAGAGGACAGUCUGAACCUGGAGAGGGAGUUGGGCUCCUUAAUUUUGGCUACAGACAUCAGCAGGCAGAACGAGUACCUGUCCAGGUUUCGAAUGCACCUAGACAAGGACGACUUGUGCUUGAGCAGCGCCAGCCACCGCCACUUCAUCCUGCAGAUGGCGCUGAAGUGUGCCGACAUCUGUAACCCCUGCAGACCCUGGGAGCUUAGUAAACAGUGGAGCGACAGAGUGACGGAGGAGUUCUUCCAACAAGGGGACAUUGAGAAGAAGCACAAACUUGAAGUCAGCCCACUUUGUGACAGAGAGACUAACACGGUUGGCAACAUUCACAUUGGCAAGUACUACUGGUAAUUUAUUGCAUACAUGGCGGAGCCGCUGUUUGCAGAGUGGGCCCGUUUCUCUGACACGCGUCUGUCCCAGACCAUGCUUGGCCACAUGGGGCUCAAUAAGGCCAGCUGGGGCGCCUUGCAGCAGGAACAAACAUCUGGCUCAGAGGAGGUGGAGCCCAGCACAGCCGAGGAGGUGGAGCCCAGUGCAGCCAAGGCUGAAGAUGCACAGCAAGGCUGCGACACAGCUCCAGCCAACGGAGGAACAGGCUCCAAAGAAAUACCUCAGGGAAUCAGAGAGUCCUGAUACUGCUCAUGUGCUUUUUCUCCUCAACAUCUUGACCCCCGACCCUGGCCGCAGGGCCGAAACCACACACUGGGGGCUGGGUGGGGCGUGGCGGCAAGGGAUUAAGGCCUGCAGCCGAGCCACUGCUCCACCUGAUCCGACAACCUUGUGUGUUUUGAUGCUUUUGCCUCCCAUCUUUAUAAAACCACUGAUUUUAUUUAUUGACUUUUAAUUCCCCUUUUUGGCAUAGAGCAAUACAUAGAUACCUCAUUUGGCAACUGCUGUAUUUUUUAUUUGCUUUAUUUAUUUGUCCACUGUAGUUCCGCAUUACUGACUGAACACCAUUUUUGUUGUUGAGUUAAAGGAGAAAGCAGUAUAAGUUAUAAAAAAAAACUAUCUGGUAUUUUGAAGUGCCAUUUGAAAACAAAGAUCUGAAGAAUGAACUAAAUUGAUAGAAACAACUGGAGUAUUUGGACAUGAGACCCUCCAAUAAGACUUUAGUGUAAUGUUACGUUGCAUCUGAAGAUUCGUCCUCAUGUAAAAACAAGAAAAAAAAAAUUGUGACAAGCCCAGUCCUUUGCUGCCUCUACAAAGACUGUUUACCGCGUAUCAUUUCUUUCCUUGAACUGAAGUGAGUCACGUCGGCUCCAGUUUGCCUUCGAAGCACAGAUGUGAAAAAACCACUUGUUUGGACCACCAUCCCACUGUUGAAGCCAUGAGCAGAACCUUAUCAGACCCACCAGAUGCCAUAAGCAAUUCCACGUGUGCUGCAACGUGUCAACUCAUUGCACUCCUGAAUGCCGACGGCGGUGAACGUGCAGCUUGUUUUUCAUGAACCUCCCCCCCCCGUGAGAUGCUCUGUGAUGGUGUUGCUACAUUUUUGUCACCUCUUCGUCACCUUUCAGAAUCUUCCAGUACUGGUUGAACUUUGGGUAGCUUUUCCUCCCAGACUCACCUGGAACGCGCUCAGGGUUUUUCCCAGUCUCUUAUCGGGGCGGGGGGUGUGUGUGUGUGUGUGUGUGUGUGUGUGUGUGCGGGGGGGACUGAGUGCACGUAAUACGAGGUUGUCAUCCCUCCCCACGGGCUACAAUCUCUUCUCCUGAAGAAGACUCCUGCAGAAUGUCUCUCACAGCCACAUGCAACCUAACAGCCUGCCGUUUGAUGCCUUAUAACUAUGCACAAACUAUGCUAAGUGACCAACCAACUCCUGUUCCCAUCAAGUGCAUGUGUGUCUUGUCUUUGAAUGCACUGUCCAAUCCCUUUGCCUUUUUGUUGUGAGGAAAAACUCCAGUCUCUGUUUCUUUUAAUUUUUUUGUUUGUUUUUCGUAUGGACAUGGAAUGGUCACGCACUUUGAACAUUCCAUUUCGGUGUGUUUUGGUUUGUCUACUAUGAUUGUGUAUAGUGGCACAAAUUGUGUUUGUGUUGAGACAUUUUUGAAUGAUAACAGGUGCUUUUCUUACUUUAGCUGAUUUGUAUUUUGCUGUAAGUGCUGUAAGACUGUUGAUAAAACUGUUUACAAUUUGUCGCGACAGCCAUUUUUGGAAAGACUUCAUUGUCGAGCCAGAUUUUGUAAAACGCUUUGCUGUAUUGACCUUUUUGAUACAUGCCUGUUGCAUUUGAAUAAUAAAAUGGGUUGUUGACAAGUU